AUGUGCGCAUGCAGUGGGAGCCAGAGCGGCAGACACCUCUCCAGCUCUCGCAGGCUUCACAUCUUGCGUCCGGCGCGUUUCAGCUGAAAUCUGCUGAAUGGUUACUCUUACUAUGUCACCUCUUUAGACCGUUUUUGAGCUAGACAUUUAUGACAGAAGCAGUUCUGUUUCAUUUUUCCUCUCUUUUUCCUACGUGCAGACACAGUGCACUCGGUUUUGCGCGCCACUCUCGCCCACUGAAUUCGCACAUUUUUGUUGAGUUAUAACGUGCAUGAAUUUAUAUUAAAAUCAUAAUAAAAACAGAAAAAGACGAGGUUUCCAAGGAUGCCGGUGCUGGUUUGGACUAGAUGCUGCCAGUUCUUCAUCCUGCUGCUGGCCCUGGUGAGGAUAGGGGAGGUGGGAGCCAAGGCCAACUCCAUCAAGACCCCCGGGACGGGAGACCUUCCAGCUGCCUCUUCGCACCCCGGGGGGCUCAAGAAGGGCAACAACCCCCUCCAGGUGCACCCCUGCAGCAGCGACAAGGAGUGCAGCGUGGGAAGCUAUUGUCACGCCCCCCAGAAGGCCCCGCCACGGUGUGUCAACUGCCGGAGGAAGAAGAAACGUUGCCAUAGGGACAACAUGUGCUGCCCAGGCAACCGUUGCAGCAACUAUAUCUGUGUUCCAGUCUUGGACAGUGUGCUGCCUCCCCUCAUUCCCACCCUUGAGGACCAGAGUAAACGUCCAGCCAAAGGGACCAGCUGGAAAAAGACGGGAAAGGCGAAGAUUUCCAUUGCUAAAGGCCACGAGGGUGACCCCUGCCUGCGCUCCUCGGACUGCUCCCCAGGCCACUGCUGCGCCCGCCACUUCUGGACCAAGAUCUGCAAGCCAGUGCUGCUACUGGGUGAAGUAUGCACCCGUCACCGGCGCAAAGGCUCCCAUAGCCUGGAACUCUUCCAGCGCUGCGACUGCGCUAAGGGCCUCUCCUGCAAGGUGUGGAGGGAUGCCACCUCUGCGUCCAAGUCCCGCCUCCACGUGUGCCAGAAGGCAUGACGGAUCCAUGCUCUCCCCACCCCUUUUCUUCUCUGCAACGAGACCAGAAAAGUGACAGACCAGAGGGGUGUACAAGAAGAGCUUGUGGAUGGGGAGGAAAUGACCAUAAGGAGAAAUGGACCCCGGUGGACUGAGGGGGGGAAUGGUGGCAGUCGACACUUUGUGGCAUCUGCCAUCGGAUUCUGUGUGGCAUCCACUCAAAAAUAAUUUUUCAUCAGCUAUAACUUGCUACUCAAAGGACUUUUUUGUCUUAAGCCAUAUGUGCACUUCACAGCACGGAAAGGGUACAGCAUCAAAACCAACUUCAGAUGGGAACGUCUCAUGGCGUUUCAGCACCUUCACAUUUAAUCUUCUUAAGAUAAAUUAACAAAAGGCGUUUUAGCUAUAAGAGGACUGAUGUAGGCUGGCUUCCUUUCCUUUGGUUUUUGGCACACAUUUCGUUGUGAAGGACAGAACGCACAGGAUUCAGUCUUUCACACUGCAUGGACUGCUCUGAAAUAUCUGUUCUCACAAGCUUGAAAAAACAUUUUAUAAUACAGAACUUUCAGCCUGAAGAUAUACCCUUCGCUUUUGGGUUUAUUGGAAAAGUAGAAAAAUAUCAAGCUGGCAUAUUAAAAAUGGUUACCUAUAUCUUAAGUCUAACAAUCCAUAACAUUUAAAAGGCUCUCAUAAGAUGUAUGGCAACUGUAAUAAGCUGACUUUUGAAAGCAUGACUAGGUGUCAUUAUGUCAGUGACCUUAGGACACUUAUCAUAAACUGUAAUCUCCUGUUACAGCAGUGCUAUGAAGGCAAUAACAUGUAUAGGUGAAGAAAAGUACAAUUUUUUUUCUCUUUAAGGCCAUAGAUAAAGUUGUAAGUUUCAAACAGUGAAGAAACUAUUAUAAUUCAAACAUAAAACAGAUCGUCUCGAUUUAAGGCACAUAAAAAAAUCAGUCAAUAAAUCUACCGAGCAGUCCCUCUGACCUUACAAUAUAAUUACAAAUUUGUCUUUGUCCUUAAAGUUCAUUGGGAACUUUAUAUGUUCAGACUUUGUCUUGUCAUAGAUGCUCAUGUCAUUAUUUGGUUUAUUUUAUUUUUUAUUUAUUUACAAUUUUGGGAACUGUCUACAUAAAGCUACAUUACCCUGCCUUAUUGGAGUAUAACAUAAAUCAUUCUCAGAACAACUGGUCUAAAUGGUAUCCACAUGACAAAAGGGGCAUUUUGCAAUCUAGAAAAUUCUUGUGGAUCAAGAAUCAAAUGAUCACAUAAUGUUUUUAAAAAAUAAAAAUGCACAUUUGAGUAUUGGACUCACACAUUACCUAUGAAGGAUGUCCCUUAAUUUUGCCCGAAUGUGGCAAAGACAAAUUUUGUCAUUUUAAAUUUUAAUUUAUACUUUGAUUAGUCUCGGUCUUAAAGUUGUAUGAUGUAUAUUUGCACAAACAUUGCCAUCACUAUUCUAGUUCUUUUCAGUCACAUACUAUAUGAUGCUACAGUCAUGCAUUUUCCUAGCAUUUGUACCAUAUUCAGUGUGCAGCACAUUUAUAGUGAUAAUGCUCUAUUAUGGGUUUUUUUCUUUUUCAUGUCACAUUUUUAAAGAACUCAUUCCAAAAACACAAAUAGUAAUUUAGUUAGUUUGUAGCAUUUUUUUUCAUUACAUGUAAUUGCAGCGCUGAUCAGUUUUUUUCAAAGAGGUUCUUGCUAAACAUCUAAUUUUAGCAACAGAGAGACUUUGUAUUUUAUGCUAUAAAUAUUUGGAGAAUAUAACUGAUAUCACAGAAAAAAUAAGCAUAUGAA